AUGGGCAUAGAGACCUCUCCGCCAGAUGUCGAGGAAUCGACAGAGCCACCAAUACGUUCUUCUAUUCAUGAAGGCCAUCAACAGCACCCGGGAUCAACCCUAAACCAAUCGCCUUCCACCGACCGCCAUACAGGAGAAGCAGAAGAAGUCUCUAAGUGUCCAAGCACAGCUGUUUCCCUUAACCACUCAGUUUAUUCGACCCUUGAUCAACUUCAAAAGCAUCAAGAAAUCUGUGAAUACGCCUACUCUUACCCCAUUUCGGAAGUCUUUCGUGCCGUGGGAGUUGAUUUGCAACAUGGACUCAGUAGUACCGAAGCGGCAUAUCGCCUUGAGCGCGAUGGACUUAACAAGGUUAAGGGAACACAGGGGGUUUCCCUGUGGAAAAUUCUGUUAAGACAGGUGUCAAACAGUCUGACUUUAGUACUCGUCAUAACCAUGGCAUUAUCUUUUGGGAUUAAUGACUAUAUAGAAGGUUCCGUUAUAACUGCUGUCAUCCUUCUCAAUAUUGUUGUUGGUUUUGCCCAGGAUUAUCGUGCAGAAAAAACGAUCCUUUCGCUACAAGCCCUUUCUGCACCAGUGUGUAAAGUCAUCCGCGACGGCCGAAUCAAGUCUGUGAAAGCUGAGACACUCGUCAUAGGUGAUGUCGUCCAACUUGUAGUCGGAGAUAUGAUUCCAGCGGAUUUGAGACUGUUUGACGGUGUGAAUGCCUCCACCGAUGAAUCCCUCCUUACAGGCGAAUCGCUGCCUAUUUCCAAAACCCCCCACGUUGUUUUCCCUACUCGUGAAAUGGCAGUAGGGGAUCGGACGAAUAUGGCCUAUUCUGGAAGUACGAUGACUCGGGGUCGUGCGGCUGGGAUUGUGACCGCAACCGCAAUGGAAACCGAGGUUGGUAAGAUUGCACAGCUGUUACGCCAGCAGGGGCCAAAAAGUGUUACGGGUUCAAACAUAGUCCUACGAACAUUAAAUAGAGUGAAGAACACCUUGGUUCACAUCCUGGGUUUGGUGGGAACACCACUCCAAGUCAAGCUCAGCAAAUUCGCAUUAUUGCUCUUCGCUCUCGCAAUUAUGUUGACUAUAAUUGUUUUUUCUGCCAAUAAAUGGGAUGUACAUGGCGAAGUAUUGAUAUACGGUAUUUGUGUUGCCGUUUCCGUCAUCCCCGAGUCACUUAUUGCAGUCCUCACCAUAACUGUCGCUGUUGGUACAAAGGCGAUGGCCAAAGGCAACGUGAUAGUUAGAAAACUACAGGCACUUGAAGCUGUGGGCGGAGUCACAAACAUUUGCUCAGACAAGACCGGUACACUUACUCAAGGUCGAAUGGUUGCGCGGAAAGCCUGGGUUCCGGGCGCUGGAACCCUGACUGUCCACGAUACGACCAACCCCUUCGAUCCUCGAAGUGGAUUUGUUCAAAUGGAUGGCACAGAUAUUGAUACCGAUCAUGUUGGCAAGAAUCCCAACUUCACCACGUUUCUCAAGGCUGUAGCGCUGUGCAAUUUGUCGUCUGUCUAUAACCCCAAUGACAAAAACUCAAUCGAUAACCAGUCAGCUACGGAUGCUGGCGAUGAUUGGGGUGCCGUUGGAGAGCCUACAGAAAUCGCUCUUCAUGUUCUUGCCCUCCGGUUCAACUCCGGAAAACUGGCGUUACUUCAAGGCAAUCGGCGGAGGCAGCUGGCAGAGUUUCCUUUCGAUUCAGCAAUAAAACGAAUGACAGUCGUCUAUCAAGAUUCCAAGUCCAAGUGUGCUCGGGCAUUUUCUAAGGGCGCAGCCGAAUCCAUGUUGCCAUUAUUGAGUUCUUCGGACAAAACGAAGUCGGAGAUUCGCUACGCUGUGGAUAGCAUGGCAGGGGAAGGGCUUCGAGUCCUGUGUGUGGCGCACAAGAUUAUCCCCGAAAACGAGUUGGGUCAACUAUCCCAACGCGAAUCUACAGAACAAGACCUCCAGUUCGUUGGGCUCGUUGGGCUCUACGAUCCUCCUCGUGUGGAAACUCCCGGCGCGGUUAGGAAAUGCCAUAUGGCUGGUAUUACCGUCCACAUGCUUACAGGCGACCACAUCAAGACAGCCACGGCUAUUGCCUAUGAAGUUGGUAUCCUUGGGAAUAUGAUACCGUCCGCUCAAGCUAGCACUGUAGUCAUGAGUGCCGAGCAAUUUGACAAGCUCUCUGAUGCGGAGAUCGAUGCUAUUGAGGCGCUACCCCUCGUGAUCGCAAGGUGUAGUCCAGCCACCAAAGUCCGUAUGGUGGAGGCGAUGCACCGAAGAAAUGCUUUCUGUGUCAUGACUGGCGAUGGAGUAAAUGAUUCCCCAGCCCUCAAGCAUGCUGAUGUCGGCAUUGCUAUGGGAAAAAAUGGAAGCGAUGUGGCCAAAGAAGCUGCCGACAUGGUUCUCACGGAUGAUGAUUUUGCAUCUGUCGUGAAAGCUGUCGAAGAAGGACGUCGCUUAUUCGACAAUAUCCAGAAGUUUCUUAUGCACUUACUGAUUUCCAACAUUGCCCAAGUGAUAUUGCUCUUGUUGGCAUUGGCCUUCAAAGACGCAGAUAGGAACUCCGUUUUCCCUCUUGCUCCCAUACAAAUUUUGUGGGCGAACUUAGUCACCUCAUCAUUCCUCGCCUUGGGGCUAGGUCUAGAAGAAAGCCAACCAGAUAUCAUGUAUCGACCUCCCCAUGACCUGCAAGUCGGAGUCUUCACACGCGAACUAAUCAUGGAUAAAAUGAUAUACGGCACAUUCAUGGGAUCUCUUUGCCUCUUAGCGUUCGUAGCAGUCGUAUAUGGCGCUGGGGGCGCUAAUCUUGGAGAUUCCUGCAACCAGGAAUGGAACCAGACAUGCGAAGUUGUAUUCCGCGCGCGUGCCACCACCUAUGCAACAAUAACGUUCCUCCUCCUCGUCACCGCCUGGGAAGUCAAGCACUUCUGCCGCUCUCUGUUCAAUCUCGACCCCGCACGCUACACUGGCCCUUUCUCCAUCUUCCCUAGCCUAUGGCAGAACCGUUUCCUCUUCUGGGCUGUCUUCGCUGGAGCCAUCCUCUUGUUCCCCGUUAUUUAUUUGCCUGUGGUGAAUAAGUCAGUCUUCAAACACUCGGGGAUCACGUGGGAAUGGGGCAUAGUGUUUGGUGCUGUGGCCGUGUAUCUUGGAUUAGUAGAGAGCUGGAAGGCGAUAAAACGCGCCUUUGGCAUCGGGGGCGCGAGCAUCAAGGUGCUGACUUUGGAGGAGGCGGAGAUCAGAGUAGGGAUGUUCCCAGUUGAAGUGCCUAAUUUUCCGUCCCGAAGCGAGACCGCAGAAAAGUAA